UUUCGCGGAAACUCGCGUUCGCCAACUCUGAAGGGGCAGGGACGCAAGGAAAUAUUUCCUAGCGUCCCAGCCCUUGUUACAUUUAUGAAGGACACGCGCAGAGACGAAAAGGCCCUAUCGACGCAUGCAAUGAUCGACUACAUGUGGCUACUAGAGCCUGAGUGGUGUGCUAGCUACGUGGACAGCCACAAAAGCCCUGGGCAGUCGCUAGAAAAAUGUGUCAACGCAUUUGCAAACGGUAAAUUGGUUUUCAUGGUUUACGACUUCACGUCUCAAAGGCCCCAAGAAGCCACGCUUCCGACAGUGGAGCUGCUCGAGAAACGCGUUGAGUUCUCCAUUGAACUUUGGAACAAGUACUCGACGUGGUGCCCUACGACACUCUUUAACGUGGAUGAGACGGCUAUCAAUUUUGAUGUGCCGCCGACACGGUUUUGGGCUGUCAAAGGCCGCAAGGACCCUGCCCGAAUUACCAAGAUGACGAAGCACACUGGCCGAAUGACAGCAGUUCUUACUGUUCGCGGUGAUGGGCAUAAGCUGCCAAUUCUCUUCAUCAUUCGGGGUAAGCUCGGCGGCGACAUCGACAGCGACGAGCUGCCACACUAUCCACCCGGUCACUACUAC